UUUUUGUAUUUUCUAAAAACAUUUUGAGAAUUUCCUGUCACAUUUCAAGAAACAGAUACCGCAGCUCCAUGGCAGCAGAAUCACGAAAUUCAGCUCAGGGGUUUUUCGCUAAGCAUGAUCUUUACAAUGGAAUGACAGUUGAUACAAGAGAUCUAUCUCUAUCUGACAGUGACUUUGAAAGCAAGUUGACUAAAUCAUUAUCUGAUUGGAUUGAAAAAGGAGUCAGAGGAAUUUGGUUCAAAGUCAACAUUUCAAACUCUUCUUAUAUCCCUAUUUUAGUCAAGCAUGAAUUCUUGUUUCAUCAUGCUAAAACUUCCUAUGUUAUGCUGACCAGAUGGUUGCCCAAGGAUGAGCCAAAUCUACUUCCACAAUACCCUCAUACACAUAUUGGUGUUGGGGGCAUGGUCAUAAAUGAUCAAAACCAAGUUUUGACGAUCCAAGAAAAAUAUCAUGCCACACCUCAUUGGAAAUUACCAGGAGGGUAUGGAGAUCCAGGAGAAGACUUGGCAGAUACUGCCAAAAGAGAAGUCUUUGAAGAAACUGGUAUUGAAACAGAUUUUAUUUCAGUAGUUGCUUUUAGGCACCACCACCAGCACCUUUUUAACUGCAGUGACAUUUAUGCAGUGUGUCAUUUAAAGCCCCUCACCUCAGAGAUUAAGAAAAGUAGUGAAGAAAUUGCACUUUGUGAAUGGAUGGAUAUUAGUGCUUAUCUGAAUCAUCCACAAGUGACUGAGUUUAAUAAAUUUAUUAUGAAUUCAUUUUUGGAGAGUAGAAACCUAAAGGCUGCCAUUAAAGCAUCACCAGUCUUAUCAUAUAAAAAAGAUUGCUACAACAAAGUUUAUCAUGUCCAGAGUACUGAAGAUGACAGUUGAUGGAACAUUUGUUUAUUGGCAUAAAAUUUGGUGAUUAAACCUUUUCAAGUGCAAUGUAAUCCUACUUAAUUAUGAAAUGUCACAAAUAUGGUCUUAUAAUUGUUAAUAAUUAUUUUAG